GAAGCGCGAGCUCCUGAGCGCGGCCAUGGGGUGGGGGCGGCCGGGGCUGGGCGCGGCGCUGGGCGCGGGGCUGCUGGCCAGGCUGAGCCUGGUGCUGUACGGCCUGUACCAGGACGCGGUCAUGCGGGUGCGGUACACCGACGUCGACUACCAGGUGUUUACGGACGCGGCGCGGUUGGUGACCCAGGGGCGGUCGCCCUAUCGGCGGGCCACCUACCGCUACACGCCGCUGCUGGCCUGGCUGCUGACGCCCAACGUUCACCUCGGCGAGCUCUUCGGGAAGCUGCUCUUCGUGACCGGGGACCUGGCGGCCGCCGGCGUGGCCUACCGGGCCCUGCGGCGCCGAGGGGCCUCCCCCGGGAGGGCUUGCGGGUGCUGUGCCGCCGCCUGGCUGCUCAACCCGCUGCCCAUGGCCGUGUCCAGCCGCGGCAACGCGGAGGCGCUGGUGGCUCUGCUGGUGCUGGCCGCCCUGCACCUGGUGGAAGCGGGGAGCGUAGGGAGCGCCGCGCUGUGCUACGGGCUGGCCGUGCACCUGAAGAUCUACCCGCUGACCUACGCGCUGCCCAUAGCGCUGCACCUGCAGGGCAGCGGGGAAAGGGCGGCGGGUGCGGGGCGUGAUGGAACGGCCAAGUUUACACUCGUAGGGGCCUUCUGGCGGCGGGUUGUCCGGGUGCUGAACCGCAACGUGCUGCUUUUUGGAGCGGUCUCUGGUUCCGUGCUGGCUGCCUUGACGGUUGUGUUUUACCACCACUACGGCUGGGAGUUCUUAGAGCACGCCUACCUCUACCACCUAACCAGGAGGGAUAUCCGACACAACUUCUCUCCCUAUUUCUACAUGUUGUAUUUAACUGCAGAGAGCAAAUGGAGUUUUGCCCUUGGGCUUGCAGCUUUCUUGCCCCAGCUGCUCCUGCUCCUGGUUGUGUCUAUAGCAUUUUACAAAGACCUUUUUUUUUGUUGUUUCCUGCACACCGCUAUUUUUGUGAGUUUUAACAAAGUGUGCACAUCCCAGUAUUUUGUCUGGUACCUCUGCCUUUUGCCCAUCGUAAUACCUAAUAUUAAAAUGUCCUGGCAUCGCGGUUUGUUGCUGCUGUUUCUGUGGUUCAUUGGACAAGGCCUGUGGCUUGCUCCUGCGUACUUCCUGGAGUUCAAAGGGUAUAACACUUUUUUACUUAUAUGGUUGGCUGGCUUGCUUUUUCUUUUUAUCAAUAGCUUCAUACUCGUUCAGAUUAUUUCACAUUAUCAACAGGAAACACAAGUUGCCAAGAAGGUCAAAGAGCAGUAAUAAGUAGACCAACGUUCAGAAAGAGCAUUGUUAUCUUUAGUAAGGUUUUUAAUACCAGCAGCACUUCGAUUAACAUAAAUAUGUGUACAUUAUAUAACGUAUGUUGUAUGUAAGCAAUGCUUUGUUAGGGCUCUGAGGGCAUUCGUAGGUCUUAACUGCAGCAAGCAGCCACUGUCCUACCCUGAUCUCUGUCUACAAGGGAACCUGCUUGCCACAUGGACUGAAACUGCCUUGUAGCCUUGUCCUGGCUCUGUCUUCUGCUGUUGCUGCUCAUGUCUGGACUCACUGGAAGGACUUUAGACCUGGUUCAUCACUUGCCACGUCUGGGGCUGCAGGUGGACUCCGUUACUUGCACUUAUCUCUGCCUGCUGUUGCCAGAUGCUGUGGGGCUGUGCCUCGAUCAGUGACGAAUCGGCCUGUGCUGGGGGCUUCUUUCUGCCUCAUGCUGGCAGCCCCAGUCAUACUCCCCAACACCCAUUUUCUCAUUGUUACUUUGCUCUGUCCUUGUUAAGGACUGUGGCCUCUGUCUAGGGAUGUUGCGAGUUUGAUGGUCUUAUACACUCCAGUAAGCGGGUGGGGGGGGUUGCAAGUGUUAAGUUAAUAAAUAAAUAUGAAAAAGAAUCACUUA